GUGACGUUCGUGUCCGUGACAGCUGACUAAAAUUGGAGUGUUUGUGUUGUCCGUAAAAAUAAAAAGCCCGUUAUGGCCGUGAAUUGAGUGCAAUUCUGGGCGAUUUCCUGAAAAAAUCGUUCGUUUCCGUUCAUUUUGCCCUCAAGUUGCUCAAAAUGGGCGAAUCUCACGAAAAUCUGCUCCGUGUCGUGAGACACUGUCAGGAGUCGCUCGACAAAUACACGGAGAACCGAAACGACGGCAAGCUGCUGCACUACAUCGAGAAGUUGUACCGGCUGCCCAUCAAGGUGGUGCAUUUGGAGCAGACGGGGGUCGGGCGCACGGUGAACGGCUUGCGUAAGCUGGGGGGCGAUGUCGGCGACUCCGCCAAGUCUCUGGUGGCAAAGUGGAAGGAAAUGGUGGUGGGGGAGCAGGAGGAGGAGGAGGAGGAGGACGAUGAUGAGGAUGAGGACGACGAGGAUGAAGACGGGUACCAAAGCGGGGAAGAACCGUCGAAUGACAGCGACGAUAAAGACGGCCAUGAGGAAAAAUCAACGCCUUCUAGUCAACACAAACGUGAUAAUGACAGGACUGACGAUAGGGAAAGAGUGAAGAAGAGCAAGUCGGACGGGUCCGAAACGUCGCGGAGACAUCGCCACAACGGGCACGAGAAAAAGGCACACAAACGCAAAAGCGAGGAGUCGAGUAGUGAGGAAGAAACGGCGCGAAAGCGCCCCAAGAAGGAGGAAGAGCGCCAGAAAAGCAGCAAACGUGACGAAGAACGAAGACACAAGGCGGCGAAGAAAGCCAAAGCUGCGGCCCCCGAUUUUGAAGAGAAGAAAGACAGUGGUAGACAUAAAUCAAAGAAGGACGACAGGAAGAGCAAGGAUAAGAAGAUUAAGGAUGAGAAGAGGGAGAAAAGUGAUGAGAAGAAGACCAAAAGUUCGAAGAAGUUGAAUGGGAAUUUGGUUAAUGGGAUUGAUUCGGGAUCGGGGGCUAGUUUUGCGGAGGCUUUGGGCAUGUGUGAGCCUUCGUCGAGUAAGAAUAGUGCGAAGAAGAAAGUGGAGAAGGUGGAGAAAGUGGAGAAGAAGAAGGAAAAGUCAACGGACCAGACGGUCCCCAAACUCCUUAAAGAACCGACCCUGGACCCCAUAGAUCUCAACAUUUCAAGCCUACUGCCUCCAAUCACCCCCAACUACCGCCCCCUCGGCAACUUGCUCCCUUCGGACAGCCACCACAAAAAAUUCAUGUCCGAAUCGGAGGCGCUCACAAGCAUUAUCACCUCGAAAAACCAAAGGACGAAAGUCUAUUCUGGCAAUAAAAUGGGCUGCGGGAAAGUGGCCUCGCUGUUCGAUCUGUGUAUUCGAGUCCUUCAGGAUAAUAUCGAUGCUCUGGAGUACACUGGGGGAGUUCCUUACAACGUCCUUAAGCCGAUUUUGGAAAAAGCCAACCCGAAUCAACUUUAUUUAAUGGAACACCAUAACCCGUAUCUUAUCGAAGACACAGACGAGUUGUGGCAGUUGCAUUGUCAGAAGGACUUUAGAAAUAAAAAGAGAGAGGAGUUGGAGACGUGGCGCGAAAUGUACCUGAGAUGUUUGGAUGAGAGAGACGCCAAACUUAAAGCAUUGACAGCGAAUAUAAAACAAGCGCAAGAUAAGUCGCUUCCGGUCAGGAUGACCAAGCUGGCAUAUGUGGAUGCGGUGGCCAAACCCCCUAGAAAUAUAGCUCGCAAACAAGCAAAAAAUGGGACGGCUUUCGACGUCCGAAAAACCGCUUCAGCAAAACUGAGUUCUCUGGCAACGGCAGGCGAGGCCGGAAAAGUGUCAGUUCCAAACCCCGGAAGUCGAGCCGUUGAAAGACCUUCGGCCCACGCCAAGCCCAAGAAAGCCCCCCUUAUGUUAAAAAGCAUAAGUUCGUUCAAAAACAGGUUCAAGAGAUAACCGAAAGACUGUGUUCGAUUCAGAUUCGAUAUAUUUUGGCUGUAAGUUUUAGAUUAUUUUAUUGAUCAAGUGUUUUAGGUAGUGAUUGGUUUUACUUCAUCGUGGUUUAAGUUUUUGACAGUUUUUGUCAGGUCAUUAUGUGAUUGUAAUUAUUUAUAUUGUAUCAUCUUUUUCCAUUUUACUUCAUUGUGUAUAUUUCAUUUCGUCGAGGUUUUAUUUUUAUUAUUAUUGGUGGCAAAUGUAAUUAUGUAAAUCACGGUUUUAAAAUAGUUGAAAUAUUUUUAUAGAUAAGGCAGGCAUUAAGUAGGUGAUUAAAUAAAAAUCAGGAACGGAUUUUGGAGCACAAUGUUCUUUUUACAAAGAACAGGCAAAUAAACAAUUCCAGUAAGAAA